AGCAAUGUAGAGCUCAACAAGCUUAUAACAUAUAUGCUUAUUUUUAGGCAAUGGACGGUAAAAACCAGAACCUCUUCAAAUAUCUCCUUCCGGUAUUAUGCAGCAUCCUAGCUUCUCAUCUGCUGAUGGUUUAUGUUGUCACAGACUACCAGUACCCAGGAAUGACAACUCAUCUGUCUAUUGAUGGUUCAAACAUUACUGUGAAACGCACAGAGCACCUGACAUUGGUGGGAUAUGGGGAAAAUACUGCAUCAGAUUUUUACAAAACUCUAGGUUGGAUGCACGCUCGAGACAGGUAUGUUCAAAUAUGUCUCACAAGACUUGCUGCUCAAGGACGGCUUACAGAGACCUUCCCUUAUGCUGAGACCAACCACAAAUUGGAUCUUAUCUCCAAACAGUUUGGUUUCCACGGCAGGAACAAAGCUUACUAUGCAGGUUACGAGGAUGGUGGUCUUGGAAAGGACAUUCUUGAAUCAUACGUUGCUGGAGUAAACAACUACAUGAAGAAUCAUAGACGUCCUUUCGAGUUUGUUCUUAUUAACUACCAUCCAGAACCAUUUGUGCCAACUGAUGUAACAACCUUCAUCAGCUUCGUGUCCUUUGUUGGUUUGGAAGAAAUAUCCUUUGCAGUGGAGAAAACCAUUAUCGAAUUUCUGCGAUCAGACAAAGUCUCUCAUGAGUUUUUAAAACAGGUUUUUCAUCCUCAUUUGAACAAUCUCACCAUGGAACAUGUUGCAAUGUAUAAAAGUAUCAAGGAUCUCAAAUCAAAUGAUGGAUUAAAAUCACCUGUUCCUGUGAUAACAAAUAGCAACAAUUGGGUUGUUUCUGGUGCAAUAUCAAGCAGUGGAUUUCCCAUCAUGAGUUCGGAUCCCCAUCUUGACCUUUCAAAGUAUCCUAACACCUUCUACGAAUCCUCUUACUAUUCCAGGCAGGGAGAUUCUAUUUUUGGUAUUUCUGUGCCAGGGGUCCCUUUCAUCCUUAUGGGAAGGAACAAAGCAUUGACCUUUUCAUUGACAUAUGGUAUGCUGGAUGCGAGUGACUACUUCAUCGAGAGGAUAAAGGAUGGAAAAUACGAACGUGAUGGCACUUACCUACCUCUAAAAUCGAGAAAAUAUGAAGUGGUUGGAAAAGAAGCGAUAUUCUAUGAGACUGGAGAGGGUCAUCUUAUAGAGAGGAAUGCAGAAAAUUAUGAUAAGGAGAUCUCUGAUGGUGUCUACGUUGCUAUGAGAAUACCUGAUAGAAGUGAAGAGAUCACCAUGAGACAGUCCAUCCUUCCUUUUGCUCAAUCAGUGGCAGAUGCCAAGAAACUCGUUCCGCAAUCCCUUCUGGGAUCUAACUAUUUGCUGGCAGAUAUCCAUGGUAAUAUUGGGUACCAACAGACUGGGUCUGUUCCACUGCGUCCUAACAGUGAUGGUCUGCUGCCGCUUCCUGCUUGGAACUCAGCCAACCUUUGGGCAGGUUACCUAUCAGACUCCGACUACAUGACAGUGUUGAACCCACCUGACCAGUUUAUAGCCACAGCAAACAACCACUACCAAGACCCCUCAAAACCCUGUGUUAGCACUUUUCCCGCUCUACCUACACGAUUCAACAGGAUAUCGGAUAUAUUGAGAAGUGGUUCAAACCACUCAGUGGAAGAUAUGAUGAGAUACCAGGGAGACACUUUCAGUAAAAUCGCUAAUCUCACCAUCCCACUCUUGGAACCUUUCCUUCCUUCGUCAGGUAUUGGAGACGAACUGAGGCAUUGGAAUCGCAGAUUCGAGAUAGAAUCCCGCCCCUCGGCUCUCUGGUUUGAUUUCUGGACGGAGUUCACUGCCAACAUCAACUCCAUCAUAUUCGGCCGGGAAGCGUACGACAAACUCGAACCCAUCGUCUUCAACAAGUACAUAUUCUACAAGUUCGCCAUCAUCGGUCUGGAAACAGGAUUUGUGGACGGUGUUGAUAUAACCCCUGUUCUGAAGGAGAGUAUCGAGAAUAGCAUAGCUCGUUAUCAAGGAACUGUGUACGGUGAUUUCAGGAAGUAUUUCUCUGUCAACAUGUUCUUCUCUGGCAAGCUGCCAAAGUUUUUGGGAUUUGAUGUUGGUCCGUACCCGACGAACAGUGGGUUUGAAGUGAUUAAAGUUGGGUCUGUGGACAAGUACCUGAAUGAUCCAUGUGUAUUUAUGCAGACGUGGAGGUUUAUAACAGACAUGUCAACCAGCGUAUUCUACUCUAUCCUCCCUGGCGGUCCUAGUGGCAACUACUUUAGUAACCUCUACAAACUUGAGAUUAGCAACUAUGUUACCGAGGUUUACAAAGUCUGGCAGCUGUAGAGUUGAACAAAGUCUAGAACAGAACAGAGUCUGGCAGCAUCUGGCAGCAUCUGGCAGCUUAAAACUGUGCUGUGUUCUCAAAUUGUAUGUUCUUUUUGAAAACUUAUUAAUUACUUUAGCGCCAUCGCGACUCUUAUAGAGCUUUAGAUUGAAGACUUUAAUUUUUUUAAAAACUUUCAGAUAAACAUAAAGUUGAGUCAGAUUUAGAUUAGGUAUCUGUAUUCUGUGACCUGUAGCUGUGUCGAAUAGAAGAGACAAAACGUUAAAUAUAUUGAAGUAGGGUGAACCACAAUUAACUUCGUAUCAUGGUAUAAGAGUUAACGUUUCUAAUGAAAGAUUAAAAGUUACGAAGUGUUAUCGUACAAAAACCCUCUAAUGCUGACAGGGUCAAUUUAGGACAACCCUAAGAAUGCUUCUUUUUACAUACUGACGUUUCACACGAAUGAGUUUUUGAUAAACGAUUUAAUUGGUACCAAUCUGAACUUCUUGUUGUUUUUUUAGGUAUUUCUAAUGUAGUGACCCGCUUACCAUACCUGUUGUUCUGGACAUUAUGUAUUUUUACUUAAUAACGUACCAUGGCAGUUUAGAUUUUCGAAUUAUUUGUAUAAAUCGAUUUUUGAAACUUAUGUAGUUUUAAAUUAUUCCUAUUUCCUACUGCGAACCCUGAUGCUGGACAGGCAUAUGAUACGGAGGGGUUUAUCUGGCGUAGAUCGGACUUAGUUCCGACAUAGUAGUAGUAGUAGUAGUAGUAGUAUGUAGUAGUACAGUAGUAGUAGUAGUAGUAGUAAUAAUAUUUCCUACUAUAAUAUAACGAGUUGUUCAAGUUGUCAACUGACAAGCAGUUAUAAUAUUUUACUAACAAACGAAAGAAAAAAAUUGGUGGGAAACCAAAUUUCGAUUGUUUUGUUUGUUUUAAUCAAAUUAGUCAACUGAAUUUCUGAUUGGAUUUUGAUAGUUGAUAGUCUAUCUUUUAUAUUGUCGUCUCGUGUAUAUUUUAAGUCAGAUGAAGACAGAACUUUGUGUUAAAUUAUUGGUUCUUUUGUUUUGUUCAAGGUGAAAAUUUUGAAAAUUUACAUAUUAUUUAUAAUUAACGUGUUUUUUGUGUGUGAUUGUGCCAUCAGGAGAAGUCGACCGAGGAGGUGAAAUUUGUUAAGAUAAGAAUGACAACUAUGCUGAUAAAUUCUUCUCUAGUAAGGUGCACCCCGGUCCCCGAUACCUUGUAUUGUGCCUUACGAGAAAGAAAGAAUCACAGUAUUGUCGGAGAUCUUUCUGCAGUACAUUCCAAAAUUCCUAAUGCGAAUUUUACAUGAUAUUACAUUGUUUGCAGAUCAAAGAUAUUAUCUUGCUGAAUGAUUUGGGCAAAUUGUCCGAUAGUGAUACCCUGGGUCAUGUCAAUGAAGUUUGAGCACGUGGAAGACAAAUAAUGUAAAUUUGAUUCUUAGCUUCUGUAGCAUUAUCACUGUCUCCUGUCAAGUCCUUGAAUGAAAUCCUUAUAAUAUUUUAAUAUUAAUAUUCAAUGAUUUAAAUGAAGAAAUUAACAACUUUUAUUUAAAAUGUAAUUAUUACCUGGUCGAGAUCGGAAACAUCCUUUUUUCUCUUUACUUCUUUUUCCCUUUACUUCUUUUUUCAGCUAAUUAGCUAAAAGCUUUAAAUUAAAAUCGAAGAAUAUGCGCCUACAAUUUACAUACGGAGAUACGGAUACUGUUAACUGUGCAAAGUACGAUGUACUAUUCGAUUUGAUUACAUCAUCGGCCAACCUGCAUGUAUAUUGUAUAAGUUGUAUUUUUUGUGAUUAGUUACGUUAAAUAAUUAGUGUUGGGUUUAUAAUUAUUCAAUUAAUGUAUUAGAUUCUUGUUAAUAUAAAGUACCCGAUUAGUUAUUGUCUAGUUUAUUGGAUUUAUAGUUGUUUCGAAAAUUUUAUUAUAAGAAAACUUUAUAUAUUAGUGUUACUUCAUUGUUUUUAUCAGAAAGUCAAAAUAAAUUAUUUUUCAUAACAAAUUAUUUCCUGCCAGCGCUCUUAUAUAUAUAUGAGAAUGUUCAACAACAUUCAACACUCAAGUUGGACUUAC